AUGGUUGUGGACAACUGGAAAACCGAGAACAGGGAAUUUAUGGUGUGGGAUUGCUGGAGUGUGGGAAAUAUCCUAAUUUUCCUUAGAUUUAGCACUCAUUCAAGUCACUUCUGCUUGAGCCCAGGAAGACCAAUCUAUUUUCAGCACAACUUUUUCUUUCUUUUAGGGAGAUUAGCACUCCCUUUUUUAAAACGCCUAAGUCUGUCUACUUCAAAGCUGAACAGCUUGGCUAUUGGUCUGCGUCAGAUUGCAGCAUCCUCGCAGGACAGCGUUGGCCGUGUAAUUCGACGAACUCGAAUAGCUAAAGACUUGGAUUUGGAGCAAGUGACAGUGCCAAUUGGUGUCCUUCUCGUCAUCUUUGAAUCUCGUCCUGACUGUCUUCCCCAGGUGUCUGCUUUGGCCAUAGCCAGUGGAAAUGUCUUACUACUCAAAGGAGGAAAAGAGGCAGCACAUAGCAAUCAAAUCCUUCAUCAUCUGACACAAGAAGCACUCUCUAUUCACGGAGUCAGAGAUGCAGUGCAACUGGUGAAUACGAGAGAGGAAGUAGAAGAUCUCUGCCGUUUGGAUAAGCUGAUAGAUCUCAUCAUUCCACGUGGUUCGUCACAGCUAGUCAGGAAUAUCCAGAAAGCUGCUAAGGGAAUUCCAGUGAUGGGACACAGUGAAGGGAUCUGUCAUGUGUAUGUUGACACGGAUGCCAGUGUUGAGAAGGUCACACAAAUAAUUAGAGACUCAAAGUGUGAAUACCCUGCUGCCUGUAAUGCUCUGGAAACUCUCCUAAUUCAUCGAGACUUGCUGAGAACGCCAUUGUUUGAUCAGAUCAUAGACAUGUUGAGAGUAGAACAGGUGAAGAUUCAUGCUGGCCCAAAGUUUGCAUCUUACUUGACAUUCAGUCCUUCAGAAGUGAAAUCUCUGUGCACAGAAUAUGGGGACCUAGAGUGCUGCAUUGAGGUAGUGGACAGCGUUCGAGAAGCUGUUGAACAUAUCCACAAGUAUGGAAGUUCCCAUACGGAUGUUAUUAUCACAGAGAAUGAGAAAACAGCAGAGUUCUUCCUCCAGCAUGUGGACAGCGCUUGUGUUUUCUGGAAUGCCAGUACCCGAUUCUCUGAUGGCUAUAGGUUUGGACUUGGUGCUGAAGUGGGAAUUAGUACUUCGCGGAUCCAUGCACGUGGACCAGUGGGAAUUGAAGGACUCUUAACUACAAAGUGGUUGCUGAGGGGGGAUAAUCAUGUUGUUUCUGACUUUUCAGAGCAUGGGAGCAUGAAGUAUCUUCAUGAAAACCUCCCUCUCCCUCAGAGAAAUGCCAGCUAAAAACCCAGGGGAGAAAACCCAGGGGUAUAAUUAUUUCCUGAAGAGGUACAGGCUUCAGGAUAAUCUCUGGUGAUGGAGUUUGUUUUUCAGAAUCUUCAAUCUUCAGAAACGUUGUUCUUGGUCAUUUUGCAGUACAGUGAAUACAAAAUGAUCCCAUCAAUGAGAAUCCCCUCCCCCUCCUUUUAGUUCCUUAGACAGUAUCUGCAAACUAACCUCACUUCUCCCAAGGAAAGAUUAUUUUCAAAUCAUACAGGUAACAUAAGGAAGGAUUUCAGUAUCAACUACAUUCCUUUUUUUAUCCCAGUGCUCCCUGUAGCAAAUAUGGUGGUGGAGCUUAAUUUUUUUUUUUCCCUAAGUUUUGUUUUAUUCAAGUAUCUAUUCUGGAGAACACACUCUGUAGUUUUGGUUUUGAGGGUUUUUUUUUUUCAGUCUUAGGAUCAUGGCAUCUCUUGAGAGCCAGAAAGCUUUAUGCCUAAUUUCUUUGUAUUUGAUCAGUCUUGAGAUAGGGGGACAGAUGUUCCAAAUGUAUAAUAAGCUUUUGACCAAAAAACCUUUUAUAUCUAAUUCUUUGUAUUGUUGACUAUUGUAGAUAAAUAAUUGUCUGCUACAUUAAUUUUGUUACUUAUUUGUAUCAAAAGCUUUUAUUUCUGUGGUUUAAUAUAAAACUUACUCCGACAGCA